AUGAUUAUGUUUCCUCCUUUGGGGAGGAUUUCUCUGUGCAUUUUGAUAUUUUUCCUGACAGGAGGAAGCCUUGUGUCACUCUCAGGUAAGACCAUCUUCUCUCCAGAAGAGAGACAAGGACCCAUGCGUUCAGUCUCUGUCCUCGAACCGGAGAAGUCAACAGACCCUUCCCUGGCCACCAGAAAAAGACAGCUGUUGGACCCCCCAGAGGCUGGGAGGAGAUGGCUGCUUAGAAGGCGGAGAUCUAUUUUGUUCCCAAAUGGAGUAAAAAUUUGCCCCAAUGAAAGUGUUGCAGAGGCUGUGGCAAGCCAUGUGAAGUAUUUUAAAGCCCGAGUGUGCCAGGAAGCUAUCUGGGAAGCCUUCAGGACAUUUUGGGAUAGACUUCCUGGGCGUGAGGAAUAUCGUUACUGGAUGGACUUGUGUGAGGAUGGGAUCACAAGUGUAUUUGAAAUGGGCACACAGUUUAGUCAGUCUGUGGAGCAUAGAAGCUUAAUCAUGAAGAAAUUGACUUACACAAAAGAAGCUGCAGGCAGGCCUGACUUGUCAGCUCUAGUUCCUAUUGGUGAUACCUCAACAUUGGGAGGUGCUGUUUCUAGUGCUUCAUAUCCAGAGGUGGCUGCAGAGAGCAGCGUGAUGUCACCAGAGGAGAGCAUCAGCAAUGAAAUUGAGAAUGUGACGGAGGAGCCCACACCGCCCGCUGAAGAACAGAUAGCAGAAUUCAGCAUCCAACUUCUGGGGAAGCAGUACAGCGAGGAGCUGCAGAAUCCCUCUAGCGCCCUCUACCGGCGCCUUGUGGAAGAGUUUAUUUCCGAGGUUGGAAACGCAUUCGCAGGGUUACCGGGGUAUAAGGACAUCGGCGUUCUUGAGUUCAGAUCUCCUGAGGAAAAUGGCAGUGGAAUAGAUGUUCGCUAUGCAGUUACCUUCAGUGGCGAGGCCAUCGGCAAUACCACCUGGGACCUCAUAAGCCUUCACUCCAACAAGGUGGAGAACCAUGGCCUUGUGGAGCUGGAUGAUAAACCCACUGCUAUCUACACGAUUAGUAACUUCAGAGACUAUAUCGCCGAGACACUGCACCAAAACUUUUUGAUGGGGAAUUCCUCUUUGAAUCCAGAUCCCAAGUCUCUCCAGCUUAUCAAUGUGAGAGGAGUUUUUCUCCCCCAAAAAGAAGAUGUAGUUUGGCACACCCAAAGUUCAAGUCUUCCGGUGACAACGUCUUCUAUUCUGGACAAUACCCUCCAAGCUGAAUGGCUCUCAGCAGAUGAAUCCACCACCACCAUUUCACCACUCGAUUUCAGCUCUGGCAGGGAUCUCCGGGCAGAAGGUGCUUUGGGUGACUUAGCAUCUACACCUAAGUUAGCCUUUCCCCUGGAGGUGGUCCUCAGUUCUUCCCCAGAGGUUUCAGGAGGCAGCAGCUUGACUCUUCCUUCUGUUACCCCAGCAGUGCUUCAGACUGGCUUGCCUGUGGCUUCUGAGGGAGGGACUUCUGGAUCUUUCAUAUUAGAAGACGGACUAACCAUUCCUGAAGAAUCAGAAGGUGCUUCUAUUGAUAUAGUGCCUUCAAGCUCAUUAAUUCAGCCUGUGCCAAAAGAAACAGUACCACCCAUGGAGGAUUCUGGCAUGACUCUCUUGACAUCCGCACCACAUCCGACCUCUUCUGUUACAGAAGACCUUGCUAAAGACAUAAAAGCACCUUCUGGCUUGGACUCCUUGGCUUCCAAAGUCACAGACCAUUUGGAAGUGAGCCCAUGGUUUCCAGACACUUCUAUGGAAAAAGAGUUCGUUUUUGAAAGUGGCUUGGGUUCUGGUUCUGGGAAAAAUGCGGAUCUGAUUACUUGGCCGUGGAGUGAGACUUCAUUAGAGAAGACCACUGAAGCACUGUCAAAGUCAUGGCCUGAGGAUGAUGCGCUCUUCACCAAGGGUGAAGAAAAGUUACAUGUAGAGGGCAGAGUGGAACAAAUUGUUGAAUCUUCAGAACAUAGAUACGAUGAUAGGUCCAUACAUUUUACAGAGGAAGAAUCCCUUGUUGGAUCUACUCUACCCAUCUUUGUAGAAUCUGCAACUCAAUCUCCAUCUCUAAUUUUUUCUAAGCACACAUCAGACCUACCAGACAUUGAUUCUUACUCAGUUACCAAAGCUCCCUUCUUACUGGCAACUAUAUCAACCUCCAUGUCUGCUAAGAAAACAGAUGAAGUGAAUACCCUCCUCAAGGAAGAUAUGGUGCAGACAGAGUCACCCAGUCAUGAAGGACUUGACAGUGAGAUUUCAGUGGCAAAGCCAGAUAUUCAGCCUGUGUGGACCAUAUUGCCAGAAUCAGAUAUAGUUUGGGCACAAACUUCUUCCUUAGGGAAAUUGUCCAGAGACACAUUGGCAAGUACGCCAGAGAGCCCUGACAGGCUCUGGUUGAAAGCUUCCAUGACACAGUCUACUGAAUUGCCUCCAACCACCAGCUCCACCCAGCUAGAGGAUGAAGUAAUAAUGGGCGUACAGGAUAUUUCAUUAGAACUAGAUCGGGUGGGCACAGAUUACUAUCAGCCUGAGCUAACCCAAGAACAAAAUGGUAAGGUUGGUAGCUAUGUGGAAAUGUCUACAAAUGUCCACUACACAGAGAUGCCUAUUGUGGCUCAGCCCACAAAAGGAGGUGACGUGAGUCACACCCAGACCGCAGGAGCACUGGUGGUUUUCUUCAGCCUCCGGGUGACAAACAUGUUGUUUUCAGAAGACCUGUUUAAUAAAAACUCUUUGGAAUAUAAAGCCCUGGAACAGAGAUUCUUAGAAUUGCUGGUUCCCUAUCUCCAGUCAAAUCUGUCAGGGUUCCAGAACUUAGAGAUCCUGAACUUCAGAAAUGGCAGCAUUGUGGUGAACAGCCGAGUGAGGUUUACCGAGUCUGUCCCUCCUGACGUCAACAAUGCCCUGUACAUGAUUCUGGAAGACUUCUGCACUACCGCCUACCAAACCAUGAACUUGGAUAUUGAUAAGUACUCCCUGGAUGUGGAAUCAGGUGAUGAUGCCAACCCUUGCAAGUUUCAGGCCUGUAAUCAGUUUUCUGAGUGUUUGGUAAAUCCAUGGAGUGGAGAGGCAAAGUGCAAAUGCUUCCCUGGGUACCUGAGUGUGGAUGAACGGCCUUGUCAAAGUCUCUGUGAUCUACAGCCUGACUUCUGCCUGAACGAUGGAAAGUGUGACAUUAUGCCUGGACAUGGGGCCAUUUGUAGAUGCCGGGUGGGUUCGAACUGGUGGUAUCGAGGCCAGCACUGUGAGGAGUUUGUGUCUGAGCCCUUUGUCAUAGGUAUCACCAUAGCCUCUGUGCUCAGUCUUCUCCUUGUCGCCUCUGCUGUUAUCUUCUUCUUUGUGAAGACACUUCAAGCCCAGACUAUCAGGAGGCAAAGGCAGAGGCCCACCAGUGGCUCCAGCAGGCAGCCCGAUAGCCUGUCGUCUGUUGAGAAUGCUAUGAAGUACAACUCCGCAUAUGAAAGCCACUUGGCUGGAUGUGAACAGUACGAGAAACCCUAUAGCCAAUACCCCUUCUGUAGCUCUGCCAGUGAAGAGGUGAUUGGUGGUCUGAGCAGAGAAGAAAUCAGGCAGAUGUAUGAGAGCACUGACCUUUCCAAAGAGGAAAUUCAAGAGAGAAUGAGGAUUUUGGAACUAUAUGCUAAUGAUCCUGAGUUUGCAGCUUUUGUGAGAGAACAUCAAAUGUAA